AUCAAUUUCCAUGGCCACCAACCAACUUCAAGUGUCAAACUAGCUCAGGGUAACCAACGUUUCCCCACUUUUGUCAUAACGCCAACUGCGCCAACGGGACCUGAUAGUAUAACAUAACCUCUGCUUCUAGAAAGGAAUUACGGGAACGGAACUAUGAAACCUACGGUAGUAGCCGAUGAAAUGUUCCCUGAGGGUGCUGGAACAUACAUGGAUUUGGAGGAGGCUGGAGGAUCAAGUGGCCUUCUAAUGGACUUAGCAGCAAAUGAAAAAGCUGUACAUGCUGACUUUUUCAAUGACUUCGAUGACCUGUAUGAUGAUGAUGAUUUACAAAGUAAGAUUUCACUGUUCUCACAUGUCCUGGUGCUGGGCGCCUCUUCAACCAAAAUUGCACUGGUGAGCAGUGCUUGCAGAAAUAAAUCCAACAAGGAAAAUAAGGUACAACUUUCAAAACUAAAGUGCCAAGCACAACUUCAACAAGAGAAACACGACUCUCAAGUCAAUACUCGAGUUCUCAAUAAAUCUGCAAUUUCAAGGCCAUGUAACUCCUACUUCCAAGGCAAUAUAGCUACCUCAAUUCCCCCAUAUUGCACAAGGGAUUCUUUUAUUCUGGGGCUGGACGGUGGAUUUCAACUUCAGAACUUUGGAAACAAACAUCAAUGGAUGACAUGGUUAUCCUAUAAAGUGUACUCACACAAAGGGUCAGGGAGCAGGUCAGAAGAAAUAUCCGACUCUUCGUCAGAGAAGUCGUGCAGAGAUGGUGACAAUGGAUCAGAUAAAGAAGUGUGGGAUGACUGGCGUGACAAUUCACUGGUCCCAAGAUUUCCUUCCAGUUCAUCAACGGUGAGAACAGACGAGGAGCUGGGGCCAGCCCCAAGCUCUGGCAGAGGAUCCACCUGGCCUGUAGCCAACUCUGCAACAUAA